AUGGCAAAGCUGAAGCAACCGGAGAAAUUCCAUUUUGAUCAACCUGGUGAAUGGCCAGUAUGGAAACAAACUUUUAGUCGAUUUAGAAUCGGAAGUAAAUUACAUAAAGAAGAUGGAGAUAUUCAAUCUGAAAGUUGUUUAAUUGUGGAUAUGGUGGGUCCGAUGAAAACUUUGUUAAAGACAUUUUUGGGAAAGUUUUUAAAGAUUUCUUCAAUGAAAUCAGCAAAAGAUGUCACUCAAGUUGAUUAUACCAAUAAAGAUAAUUACCUUCCAGUGGAUUUUUUAGCUAUAGGAAUGAAGGCCAGAGCUGUUUUAGCUGAUAACCAAGAUAAUCUUGAACCAUCAACACUACACAGAAUUUACAGUGGCCAAGAUUAA